GUUCCUCGUGCGUGCCCAGCGCCUUGACUUCACUUCCGGCUAACGCUGCUCGGCCUGCCCCCUGGCCCCGGAUGGUGACUGGCGGCGGCGCUGCUCCUCCCGGGACUGUCACUGAGCCGCUUCCCAGUGUGAUUGUGCUGAGCGCAGGCAGGAAGAUGGCGGCUGCCGCGGCCUCGGGCCCCGGCAGCUCCUCCUCGGCGGCGGCAGCCGGGGCCGGAGUCUCGGAGUGGCUAGUGUUGCGGGACGGCUGCAUGCGCUGCGACGCCGAUGGGCUGCACAGCCUCUCCUACCACCCGGCGCUCAACGCCAUCCUGGCCGUCACCAGCCGCGGGACCAUCAAAGUCAUCGACGGCACUUCGGGGGCCACCUUACAGGCCUCAGCGCUCAGCGCCAAACCAGGUGGACGGGUGAAAUGUCAGUAUAUAUCUGCUGUGGAUAAAGUUAUCUUUGUGGAUGAUUAUGCAGUAGGGUGUAGGAAAGACCUUAAUGGGAUCUUAUUGCUAGACACUGCUCUGCAAACUCCUGUUUCAAAGCAAGAUGAUGUAGUUCAGCUUGAAUUACCAGUUACAGAGGCCCAGCAACUUUUAUCUGCUUGUAUAGAAAAGGUAGAUGUUUCUUCUUCUGAAGGAUAUGACUUGUUCAUCACACAGCUGAAAGAUGGAUUGAAAAAUACAUCUCACGAGACAGCAGCUAAUCAUAAAGUUGCUAAGUGGGCCACGGUUACGUUUCAUCUUCCUCAUCAUGUGUUGAAGUCUGUUGCCAGUGCCAUUGUAAAUGAACUCAAGAAAAUAAAUCAAAAUGUUGCUGCCUUACCCGUAGCCUCUUCAGUGAUGGACAGGCUGUCUUACCUCUUACCUAGUGCACGGCCUGAACUUGGAGUGGGUCCAGGUCGAUCAGUAGACAGGUCAUUGAUGUACAGUGAAGCUAACAGACGGGAGACAUUCACCUCAUGGCCUCAUGUUGGAUAUAGGUGGGCACAGCCAGAUCCCAUGGCUCAAGCUGGUUUUUACCAUCAGCCUGCCUCAUCAGGAGAUGACAGAGCCAUGUGUUUUACUUGUAGUGUAUGUCUUGUUUGUUGGGAGCCUACUGAUGAACCUUGGUCUGAACAUGAGAGACAUUCCCCAAACUGCCCAUUUGUGAAAGGUGAACACACGCAGAAUGUACCCUUGUCAGUUACACUUGCAACAAGUCCUGCACAAUUUCCCUGUACUGAUGGCACUGACAGAAUAUCCUGCUUUGGCUCUGGAAGCUGUCCUCAUUUUCUAGCUGCUGCAACAAAACGAGGAAAGAUCUGCAUAUGGGAUGUUUCCAAACUUAUGAAGGUUCACUUAAAGUUUGAAAUUAAUGCAUAUGAUCCAGCAAUUGUACAACAGCUUGUCUUACUGGGAGAACCAAGCUCAGGAGUUGAUUCAAGAAGACCAACUUUAGCUUGGCUGGAAGAUUCAUCUAGCUGCUCAGAUAUACCAAAAUUGGAAGGAGACAGUGAUGACUUACUGGAGGAUUCAGACAGUGAAGAGCAUUCCAGAUCAGAAUCAGUGACAGGGCAUACGUCACAGAAGGAAGCCAUGGAAGUAAGCCUUGAUAUAACAGCUCUCAGCAUUCUCCAACAGCCAGAGAAACUUCAGUGGGAGAUUGUGGCAAAUGUUCUUGAAGAUACUGUUAAGGAUCUUGAAGAACUUGGGGCAAAUCCCUGUGUAGCUAAUUGUAAGAGUGAAAAGACAAAAGAAAAGCACCUGGAACAACAUAACAUUCCCUUUCCUUGUUUAUUAGCUGGAGGAUUAUUGACAUAUAAAUCUCCUGCUACCUCUCCCAUUAGUAGUAAUUCUCACAGGUCACUGGAUGGUGUAAGCAGGACUCAGGGUGAAAAUAUAUCAGAACAAGGGUCAACAGAUAAUGAAUCCUGCAACAAUUCCGAACUAAAUUCUCCUCUGGUAAGGAGGACUUUACCUAUUUUGCUACUCUAUAGCAUUAAAGAAUCUGAUGAAAAAGCAGGAAAAAUAUUUUCACAGAUGAACAAUAUUAUGAGUAAAAGUUUACAUGAUGAUGGUUUUACAGUUCCUCAGAUUAUUGAAAUGGAGCUGGAUAGUCAGGAGCAAUUGCUAUUGCAGGAUCCUCCUGUGACUUACAUUCAGCAAUUUGCAGAUGCGGCAGCCAACCUUACCUCUCCAGACUCUGACAAGUGGAACUCUAUGUUUCCCAAGCCCGGGACUUUGGUUCAGUGCUUGCGGCUGCCAAAGUUUGCAGAGGAGGAGAACCUUUGUGUAGACUCUAUCACUCCUUGUGCAGACGGAGUUCAUUUGUUAGUGGGCCUGAGGACAUGCCCUGUUGAAUCCCUGAGUGCAAUAAAUCAAGUAGAGGCCUUGAAUAAUUUAAAUAAAUUAAACUCAGCACUAUGUAACAGAAGGAAAGGUGAGCUGGAAUCUAAUCUUACAGUGGUGAAUGGCACAAAUAUCAGUGUAAUCCAACAUGAAUCACCAGCAGAUGUACAAACUCCUUUAAUAAUUCAGCCAGAACAAAGAAGUGUUAGUGGUGGAUAUUUAGUGCUUUAUAAAAUGAACUAUGCCACUCGGAUAGUGACUUUAGAGGAGGAGCCAAUAAAAAUCCAGCAUAUCAAAGAUCCCCAGGACACAAUUACCUCGCUCAUACUGCUUCCACCAGAUAUACUGGAUAAUCGAGAGGAUGAUUGUGAGGAGCCUGUAGAAGAAAUGCAGCUAACCUCAAAGAAUGGCAAUGAGAGAGAAAAAAAAUCUGAUAUUUCUACUCUGGGACACUUGGUAAUAACUACUCAGGGAGGAUAUGUAAAAAUAAUAGAUCUUUCAAACUUUGAAAUUUUGGCCAAAGUGGAGCCUCCUAAAAAGGAGGGCACUGAGGAACAAGACAUGUUCGUUUCUGUCAUAUACUGUUCAGGCACAGACAGGCUGUGUGCAUGCACUAAAGGGGGAGAGCUUCAUUUCCUCCAAAUUGGAGGGACUUGUGAUGACAUUGAUGAAGCUGAUAUACUUGUGGAUGGAUCCCUUUCUAAAGGAGUAGAACAGUCACUGGAAGGUACCAAGCCCUUAUCUAAUCCUUCAAGUCCUGGUAUUUCAGGAGUUGAUCUCUUGGUGGACCAGCCAUUUACUCUUGAAACCAUGACAUCGUUAGUGGAACUAACCCGCUUUGAAACAUUAACUCCACGGUUUUCAGCCACUGUUCCUCCAUGCUGGGUGGAAGUUCAGCAGGAACAACAACAACGAAGGCACCCUCAGCAUUUGCAUCAGCAGCACCAUGGAGAUGCAGCUCAGCACACUCGAACUUGGAAACUGCAAACUGAUAGCAACAGCUGGGAUGAACAUGUGUUUGAACUUGUCUUGCCCAAAGCCUGUAUGGUUGGCCACGUGGACUUUAAAUUUGUUUUAAAUUCAAAUAUCACUAACAUACCACAGAUACAAGUGACAUUACUGAAAAACAAAGCUCCAGGCUUAGGAAAAGUCACUGAAACAGCAGUAGAUAGGCAGAUCACCUUUCCUUUAUCUCCAGCUCUUAAUAUUGAAGUGGAGCAAAAUGGGAAGCCUUCUUUGGUUGAACUCAGUGAAGAAAUGCAGCACAUGGAUGUAGAAGAAUCGCAAUGUCUUAGAUUAUGUCCUUUUUUAGAAGAUCAUAAAGAAGACAUUUUAUGUGGGCCUGUAUGGCUGGCUAGUGGCCUUGAUUUAUCAGGACAUGCUGGGAUGCUGACAUUAACAAGUCCUAAGCUUGUUAAAGGCAUGGCAGGAGGAAAAUACCGUUCUUUUUUAAUCCAUGUCAAAGCAGUGAAUGACAGAGGAACAGAAGAGAUUUGCAAUGGUAGCAUACGUCCUGUGGUAAGAAUCCCGUCUCUGAAACCUCAGAGUAACAAGGGGCAUUCACUUGCUUCACUCCUGGCAAAAGUUGCAGCAGGCAAGGAAAAGUCAUCUACUACAAAGAGUGAAACUGGUGGUUCCUCAAGAAAAUCUGAAAAUCUCCGGGGCUGUGAUUUGUUGCAAGAGGUUUCAGUUACUAUUCGUAGAUUUAAGAAAACUUCUAUUUCUAAAGAAAGGGUACAACGAUGUGCCAUGUUACAGUUUUCAGAGUUUCAUGAGAAGCUCCUUAACACACUUUGCCGAAAAUCAGAUGAUGGUUUAACUACAGAACAUGCACAGAGCCUUGUGUUAGAUACCUUGUGCUGGUUGGCUGGAGUCCAUUCAAAUGGACCUGGAAGCUCAAAGGAAGGAAAUGAGAGCUUGCUUUCCAAGACACGUAAAUGUCUUUCUGAUAUAAUACGUGUUUGCUUCUUUGAGGCAGGACGAAGCAUAGCCCAUAAGUGUGCCCGAUUCUUAGCAUUGUGCAUAAGCAAUGGCAAAUGUGACCCAAGUCAACCAGGAUUUGGAUCUGUUCUGUUGAAGGCUUUACUUGACAAUAUGCCACUUUUACCUGCAGCUGCUACUGGUGGAUCUGUGUACUGGUAUUUUGUCUUACUGAAUUACGUUAAAGAUGAGGAUUUGGCUGGCUGCAGUACUGCUUGUGCAUCUUUGCUUACUGCUGUGUCCAAGCAAUUACAGGAAAGGUUAACACCAAUGGAAGCUUUACUUCAAACCAGAUAUGGCUUAUAUAGCUCACCUUUUGAUCCAGUUCUCUUUGAUUUGGAAAUGAGUGGUUCCUCUUGUAAAAAUGUGUACAAUAGCAGUAUUGGUGUACAGUCAGAUGAAAUUGAUCUCUCGGAUGUCCUUUCAGGGAAUGGCAAGGUUAGUAGCUGUACAGCUGCUGAGGGUAGUUUCACUUCUCUGACUGGACUCCUCGAAGUUGAACCUCUGCACUUUUCUUGUGUUUCAACCAGUGAUGGAACAAGGAUAGAAAGGGAUGAUGCAAUGAGUUCCUUCGGGGUUACCCCUGCAGUAGGCGGCCUCUCCUCGGGGACUGUUGGGGAAGCUUCGACCGCCCUGAGUUCAGCAGCCCAGGUAGCUUUGCAGUCUCUCUCUCAUGCAAUGGCUUCAGCUGAGCAACAGCUCCAGGUGCUGCAAGAGAAACAGCAGCAGCUUUUGAAGCUUCAGCAACAGAAAGCUAAAUUGGAAGCCAAAUUGCAUCAGACUACAGCAGCAGCUGCUGCAGCAGCAUCAGCAGUGGGUCCUGUUCACAACUCUGUGCCUUCUAAUCCAGUGGCAGCACCAGGAUUCUUCAUUCAUCCAUCUGAUGUUAUUCCACCUACUCCAAAAACAACACCACUCUUCAUGACUCCACCACUAACUCCACCAAAUGAAGUGGUAUCUGUUGUGAUCAAUGCAGAACUUGCACAACUCUUUCCAGGCUCAGUUAUUGAUCCUCCUACAGUCAAUCUUUCUGCUCAUAAUAAAAGUGCAAACAAAUCUAGAACGACUCCUAUUGGAACGGGCCUUGCUCUAGCAAUUUCUCAUGCUUCACAUUUCCUACAACCUCCACCCCACCAGUCUAUUAUUAUAGAGCGAAUGCAUUCAGGAGCAAGGAGAUUUGUGACCUUGGAUUUUGGCAGACCUGUACUCUUGACAGAUGUAUUGAUUCCUACUUGUGGAGACUUGGCCUCUUUAUCAAUUGACAUCUGGACAUUAGGAGAAGAGGUGGAUGGAAGGCGAUUGGUAGUUGCUACAGAUAUAAGCACCCAUUCAUUAAUUCUUCAUGACUUAAUACCACCUCCUGUUUGCAGGUUUAUGAAGAUCACUGUCAUUGGUCGGUAUGGCAGUACAAAUGCUAGAGCGAAAAUCCCAUUAGGAUUUUAUUAUGGUCAUACCUAUAUCUUGCCAUGGGAGAGUGAAUUGAAAUUAAUGCAUGAUCCUUUAAGAGGAGAAAGUGAAUCUUCAAAUCAACCAGAAAUUGAUCAGCAUUUAGCAAUGAUGAUUGCCUUGCAAGAAGACAUACAGUGCAGAUACAAUUUAGCUUGUCAUAGACUGGAAACCCUUUUGCAGAGUAUUGAUCUUCCUCCUCUCAACAGUGCCAAUAAUGCACAGUAUUUUUUGCGAAAGCCAGAUAAAGCAGUUGAAGAAGACACUAGAGUAUUUUCGGCCUAUCAAGACUGUAUUCAGUUACAGCUUCAGCUCAAUUUGGCUCAUCAUGCAGUGCAAAGGCUUAAAGUAGCAUUAGGUGCAAGCAGGAAGACUUUGAGAGAACUUCCUGAAACUAAAGAUUUAAUUCAGAUGUCCUCCACUGAGCAGUUACGCACAAUCAUCAGAUAUCUCCUGGAUACUUUGCUUAGUCUUCUUCAUUCUUCAAAUGGACACUCAGUUCCUGCAGUCUUGCAAAACACAUUUCAUGCUCAGGCAUGUGAAGAGCUAUUUAAGCAUCUGUGUAUAAGUGGAACCCCAAAGAUACGUUUGCAUACCGGACUUCUACUUGUUCAGCUCUGUGGUGGUGAAAGAUGGUGGGGACAGUUUCUUUCCAAUGUUCUUCAGGAAUUGUACAAUUCAGAACAACUUCUGAUCUUUCCUCAAGACAGGGUUUUCAUGUUGCUUUCCUGCAUUGGCCAAAGAUCACUUAGUAACAGUGGAGUCUUGGAAAGCUUACUUAAUCUCCUGGAUAAUUUACUUUCACCUCUUCAACCACAUUUACCCAUGCACAGACAAACAGAAGGUGUAUUGGAUAUUCCUAUGAUCAGUUGGGUUGUAAUGCUUGUGUCCAGAUUGCUAGAUUAUGUUGCAACCAUUGAAGAUGAGGCAGCAACUGCCAAGAAACCUUUGAAUGGUAAAGAAAGGGAGAGGUUUCUGACAGGUCACCAGUGGAGUUUCAUCAACAACAGUCUGCAUACUCAAAGCCUAAAUCGAUCUUCCAAAGGCAACAGUAGUCUUGACAGAUUGUAUUCCAGAAAGAUCAGAAAGCAGCUUGUUCAUCAUAAACAGCAACUUAAUUUAUUAAAAUCAAAACAGAAGGCUUUGGUGGAACUGAUGGAAAACGAGAAAAUACAAAGCAACAAAGGAUCAUCGUACAAACUUUUGGUAGAGCAGGCAAAACUAAAGCAGGCUACAUCAAAGCACUUUAAGGAUUUAAUUCGUUUACGUCGUACUGCGGAAUGGCCUCGCUCUACAUUAGACACGGAAGUCUCAACCACAAAAGAAAGCCCUGAGAUAGAACCACUUCCAUUUACUCUGGCCCAUGAACGUUGCAUCUCUGUAGUGCAGAAACUUCUGCUCUUUCUUCUGUCCAUGGAUUUUACUUGUCAUGCAGAUCUCCUUUUGUUUAUUUGUAAGGUUCUUGCAAGAAUUGCAAAUGCCACUCGGCCAACAAUUCAUUUGUGUGAAAUUGUAAAUGAGCCUCAACUGGAAAGACUCUUAUUACUUUUGGUUGGAACUGAUUUUAAUAGAGGAGAUAUAUCUUGGGGUGGAGCUUGGGCUCAGUAUUCUUUGAGUUGUAUGCUACAGGAUAUCUUAGCAGGAGAGUUGUUAGCACCAAUUGCUGCUGAAGCUAUGGAAGAAGGAGCAGUGGGAGAAGAUGUAGGAACAACAACUGGUGACUCUGAUGAUUCUCUUCAACAGUCUUCAGUUCAAUUGCUAGAAACUAUUGAUGAACCUCUGACACAUGAUAUCACAGGUGCUCCCCCGCUUUCAUCUUUGGAAAAAGAUAAAGAAAUUGACCUCGAAUUAUUACAAGAUCUGAUGGAAGUUGACAUUGAUCCGUUAGAUAUCGAUUUGGAAAAAGAUCCUCUUGCUGCCAAAGUCUUCAAGCCUAUAAGCAGUACUUGGUAUGAUUAUUGGGGUGCUGAUUAUGGUACCUACAAUUAUAACCCUUACAUUGGAGGUCUUGGAAUUCCUGUAGCAAAACCACCAGCAACCAUAGAAAAAAAUGGAUCACAGACUGUUAGUGUGUCAGUUUCUCAGGCUCUGGAUGCCCGUCUAGAAGUUGGACUUGAACAACAAGCAGAGCUCAUGUUGAAAAUGAUGUCUACUUUGGAAGCAGAUUCCAUUUUGCAGGCCUUAACAAACACAUCUCCAACAUUUUCCCAAUCUCCCACUGGAACAGAUGAUUCAUUAUUAAGGGGGUUCCAGGCAGCCAACCCACCCAGCCAGCUGAUAAUACAGUUGUCCUCCAUCCCCAUGCUAAGUGCUUGCUUCAACAAACUUUUUUCCAUGCUUCAAGUUCAUCAUGUUCAGUUGGAGUCCCUUUUACAAUUAUGGCUUACAUUAAGUCUAAAUUCUAAUUCCUCUGGGAAUAAAGAACAUGGAGCUGACAUUUUCUUAUAUAAUGCUAAUCGGACACCUGUCAUAUCUUUGAAUCAAGCAUCAAUAACUAGCUUCUUAACAGUAUUGGCAUGGUAUCCCAAUACUUCACUGCGGACAUGGUGUCUAGUACUUCAUAGCCUAACGCUCAUGACAAACAUGCAGCUUAACUCUGGUUCAAGCAAUGCUAUUGGAGCACAGGAAAGUACUGCUCAUCUACUAGUGUCAGAUCCUAAUCUUAUUCAUGUCUUAGUAAAAUUUCUUUCUGGAACUAGUCCUCAUGGAACAAAUCAGCACAGUCCACAGGUUGGCCCAACAGCUACUCAAGCUAUGCAAGAAUUUCUUACCAGGUUACAAGUACACCUUUCUUCAACAUGUCCUCAGAUAUUUAGUGAAUUUUUGCUAAAGCUAGUUCAUAUACUUUCAACAGAGAGGGGUGCUUUUCAGACAGGCCAAGGGCCUUUGGAUGCACAAGUGAAACUCUUAGAAUUCACACUGGAGCAGAAUUUUGAAGUAGUUUCUGUCAGCAUUAUUUCUGCUGUUAUCGAAUCCAUUACAUUCCUAGUUCAUCAUUAUAUCACUUGUUCUGACAAAGUGGUGUCUCGAAGUGGAUCAGAUAGUUCAGUAGGUGCUCGUGCAUGUUUUGGGGGACUCUUUGCCAACAUAAUUCGUCCAGGUGAUGCCAAAGCCGUAUGUGGAGAAAUGACACGAGAUCAGCUUAUGUUUGAUUUAUUAAAACUGGUCAAUAUUUUGGUACAGUUACCCCUUUCAACUAAUAGAGAAUAUAGUGCUCGAGCUCCAGUGGCUACUAGUACUACAGACAGUGUUUCAGAUGAAGAAAAAGUCUCAGGAGGCAAAGAUGGCAAUGGAAGCAGUUCCAGUACCCAAGGUUCCACUGCAUAUGUGGCUGACUUAGUGUUGGCCAAUCAACAAAUUAUGAGCCAGAUUUUAUCUGCUUUGGGCCAGUGUAAUAGCAGUGCAAUGGCAAUGAUAAUUGGUGCAAGUGGCUUACACCUCACCAAACAUGAAAACUUUCAUGGUGGAUUAGAUGCAAUAUCAGUUGGGGAUGGAUUAUUCACCAUACUCACUACUCUGAGCAAAAAAGCUACCACCGUACAGGUCAUGUUACAACCAAUUCUAACAUAUAUGGCCUGUGGCUAUAUGGGAAGACAAGGCUCUCUUGCUACUUGCCAGUUAUCUGAACCAUUGUUAUGGUUCAUUUUGAGAGUCUUGGAUACCAGUGAAGCAUUAAAAGCAUUUCAUGAUAUGGGUGGUGUUCAGCUUAUUUGCAACAACAUGGUCACCAGUACCAGAGCUAUUGUAAAUACUGCAAGAAGCAUGGUAUCAACAAUUAUGAAAUUUCUGGAUUCUGGGCCUAGUAAGGCUUCUGACAGUAGUUUGAAAGCAAGAGUAUUGGCAUCUGAACCUGACAAUGCAGAAGGAAUUCACAACUUUGCACCUUUGGGAACUAUUACAUCCAGUAGCCCUACUGCUCAGCCUGCAGAAGUGUUACUUCAGGCUACACCUCCUCAUAGAAGAGCUCGCUCUGCUGCAUGGUCUUACAUAUUUUUGCCAGAGGAGGCCUGGUGUGAUCUGACCAUCCACCUUCCAGCUGCUGUUCUAAUAAAAGAGAUACAUAUUCAACCCCAUCUUGCAUCUCUUGCAACUUGUCCUUCUUCAGUAUCUGUUGAAGUGAGUGCAGAUGGGGUUAAUAUGCUACCUUUGUCCUCCCCUGUGGUUACCAGUGGUCUCACCUACAUAAAAAUCCAGCUUGUUAAGCCGGAAGUAGCCUCCGCUGUUUGUCUUAGACUACACCGUCCACGAGAUGCCAGCACUUUGGGUCUUUCUCAGAUUAAAUUACUAGGCCUCACAGCAUUUGGAAAUACAUCAUCAGCAACAGUUAACAAUCCUUUUCUUCCAUCUGAAGAUCAGGUGUCCAAAACAAGUAUUGGUUGGUUACGGUUAUUACAUCACUGCCUUACUCACAUAAGUGAUCUGGAAGGAAUGAUGGCAAGUGCAGCUGCACCCACUGCUAAUCUUCUCCAGACAUGUGCAGCCUUACUAAUGUCACCAUACUGUGGUAUGCAUUCACCUAACAUCGAAGCUGUGCUUGUUAAAAUAGGCCUUCAAUCCACUAAAAUUGGAUUAAAGCUGAUAGAUAUUCUCCUAAGAAAUUGUGCAGCAUCAGGCAGUGACCCUACAGAUUUGAAUAGCCCUUUACUGUUUGGAAGACUUAAUGGUUUAUCUUCUGACUCUACAAUAGACAUUCUUUACCAACUUGGAACCACUCAAGAUCCUGGGACAAAAGAUAGAAUUCAGGCUUUGUUGAAGUGGGUUAGUGAUUCUGCAAGAGUAGCCGCUAUGAAAAGAAGUGGAAGGAUGAGCUAUGUCUGUCCCAGCACAUCAACAAGAGAGUAUGGUCUUUUGAUGCCAUCUCCCUCUCAUUUGCACUGUGUGGCAGCAAUCUUAUGGCAUAGCUAUGAACUACUUGUGGAGUAUGAUUUACCAGCACUGCUGAACAGAGAGCUCUUUGAGUCACUUUUUAAUUGGUCUAUGUCUCUUCCUUGCAACAUGGUUUUGAAGAAAGCUGUUGACAGUCUUCUUUGCUCAAUGUGUCAUAUACACCCAAAUUAUUUUUCCUUGCUUAUGGCCUGGAUGGGAAUUACUCCUCCUCCAAUACAGUGUCACCACAGACUUUCAAUGACUGAUGAUAGUAAAAAACAGGAUCUCAGUUCAUCUUUAACAGAUGAUUCCAAAAAUGCACAAGCACCUCUUGAACUAAAUGAGUCUCACCUGGCAACUCUUGCUGCAUCCUCUCAGUCUCCAGAGGCUAUCAAACAAUUAUUAGACUCAGGAUUGCCCUCACUUCUUGUAAGGAGCCUAGCUAGUUUUUGUUUUAACCAUAUUUCUAGCUCUGAUUGCACUUCUCCAUCAGUGGAUAUCACCCAGGAAAAACUCAGAAGACAUCAUGUUCCACAGCACUUUAAUAAGAUGCCCAUUACAGCCGACCUUGUUGCACCUGUUCUCAGGUUCUUGACAGAAGUUGGCAGUAGUCACAUUAUGAAAGAUUGGCUUGGUGGUUCUGAAGUUAACCCUUUAUGGACAGCCCUUCUAUUCUUAUUAUGUCAUUCUGGUGCCACUUCAGGAGGACACAGUUCAGGGGUGCCACAAACUAGUGCAAGGUCUAAUUUACUCUCCUCAGCUUCUGGGACAGGAUUAACUACUCAGCAGAGAACUGCAAUUGAGAAUGCCACGGUGGCAUUCUUUUUACAGUGCAUUUCUUGUCACCCUAACAACCAGAGGCUGAUGGCUCAGGUUCUUUGUGAACUUUUUCAAUCAUCCCCUCAACGAGGAAACCUUCCAACAUCUGGAAACAUUUCAGGCUUUAUACGGCGUCUCUUUUUGCAGUUGAUGCUAGAGGAUGAGAAAGUGACAAUGUUUCUUCAGUCACCAUGCCCACUAUACAAAGGAAGAAUAAAUGCUACUAGUCAUGUGAUCCAGCACCCAAUGUAUGGAGCAGGACACAAGUUUCGUACUCUUCAUCUGCCUAUUUCAACAACCUUAGCAGAAGUUCUUGAUAGAGUUUCAGACACCCCAAGUAUCACUGCUAAACUAAUUAAUGAACAGAAAGAUGACAAAGAAAAGAAAAACCAUGAAGAGAAAGAAAAAGUUAAGGCAGAGAAUGGAUUUCAGGACAAUUAUAGUGUUGUUGUUGCCUCUGGCUUGAAAUCCCAGUCUAAACGAGCUGUGUCAUCCACACCACCUCGUCCCCCUUCCAGAAGAGGAAGAACAAUGCCAGAUAAAGUAGGUAGCUCUUCAGCAGGAUCAGAAUCUUCCAGCAAAACCAUUACUGUACCUGUUUUUCACCUAUACCACAAACAUUUACCAGGCCAACCACUGCCUGCUGAGAUGACCCUUGCCCAGCUUUUAACUCUUCUAUAUGACCGGAAGCUCCCUCAAGGAUAUCGUUCAAUUGAUUUGACUGUUAAAUUGGGCUCUAAAGUUAUCUCAGACCCAAGUCUUUCAAAAACAGAUUCUUUUAAAAGACUCCAUACUGAGAAAGAUCAUGUUGAUUUACUUGGGAGCUGUCCAGAAGAUGAAAUGAUCACUUCAAAUGAUGAAUGUAUGGAAGCAGUGUUGGAUGAAUCUUUUCUUGAAACCUGCCCUAUUCAGUCACCUUUACAAGUUUUUGCAGGAAUGGGUGGAUUGGCUCUUAUUGCAGAAAGAUUGCCCAUGCUAUAUCCAGAUGUAAUUCAGCAAGUUAGUGCCCCAGUAGUUACAUCUACCACUCAAGAAAAGCCAAAGGACAGCGAUCAGUUUGAAUGGGUAACCAUUGAACAGUCAGGAGAAUUGGUUUAUGAAGCUCCAGAAACCAUUGCUGCUGAACCUCCACCAAUUAAGUCAACAGUACAGACAAUGUCUCCCAUACCUGCUCAUUCUUUAGCUGCCUUUGGAUUGUUUCUCCGUCUACCUGGUUAUGCUGAGGUGUUGUUAAAAGAGAGAAAACAUGCCCAGUGUCUGCUUCGAUUGGUAUUAGGAGUAACAGAUGAUGGAGAAGGAAGUCAUAUUCUGCAGUCUCCUUCUGCCAAUGUGCUUCCAACUCUUCCAUUUCAUGUACUGCGGAGUUUAUUUAGCUCCACACCAUUGACUACUGAUGAUGGUGUACUCCUAAGGCGAAUGGCACUAGAAAUUGGAGCUGUACACCUGAUUCUUGCUUGCCUCUCUGCCCUAAGCCAUCAUGCUCCAAGAGUUCCUAAUUCUAAUCUCAAUCAAUCAGAGCCCCCAGUGUCAAGUACACAUAACAAUGCAUCAACAGAAGAGCAACAGCUUUACUGGGCUAAAGGAACUGGCUUUGGAACAGGUUCUACAGCUUCUGGAUGGGAUGUGGAACAGGCUUUAACUAAACAAAGAUUGGAGGAGGAACAUGUCACCUGUCUCCUGCAGGUUCUUGCAAGUUAUAUUAAUCCUGCAGGCAGUUCAACAAAUGGAGAUCCACAGUCUACUCCCGAGGGUAGAGGACAGAACAGUAAUGCCCUUCCUUCUGUUCUUCUUGAACUACUUAGUCAGUCCUGCCUCAUCCCAGCAAUGUCCUCCUAUCUCCGAAAUGAUUCCGUUCUUGAUAUGGCCAGACAUGUUCCUCUCUACCGAGCUCUUCUGGAGUUGCUCCGUGCCAUUGCUUCAUGCACGUCCAUGGUGCCCCUAUUGUUGCCUCUCUCUACAGAAAAUGGUGAAGAGGAGGAGGAGCAAUCUGAAUCUCAAGCUUCAGUUGGAACAUUGUUAGCCAAAAUGAAGACAUGUGUAGAUACCUACACUAAUCGUUUGAGAUCUAAAAAGGAUAAAGCAAAAACAGGAGUAAAGCCAGAUGCAUCUGAUCAAGAGCCUGAAGGACUCACUCUUUUGGUACCUGAUAUUCAAAAAACUGCUGAAAUAGUUUAUGCGGCUACCACCAGUUUGCGGCAAGCAAAUCAAGAAAAAAAACUGGCGGAAUAUUCCAAGAAAGCUGCUGUGAAACCAAAACCUUUGUCAGUAUUAAGAUCACUUGAAGAAAAGUAUGUAGCUGUCAUGAAAAAAUUACAGUUUGAUACAUUUGAAAUGGUUUCUGAAGAUGAUGAUGGGAAGUUGGGUUUUAAAGUAAAUUAUCACUAUAUGUCGCAAGUGAAAAAUGCUAGUGAUGCAAACAGUGCUGCAAGAGCCCGACGUCUUGCACAGGAAGCUGUGACACUGUCAACGUCACUUCCUCUUUCGUCGUCUUCCAGUGUCUUUGUACGCUGUGAUGAAGAACGACUUGACAUCAUGAAGGUUCUAAUCACAGGCCCAGCAGAUACUCCUUAUGCAAAUGGCUGCUUUGAAUUUGAUGUCUAUUUUCCACAAGACUAUCCCAGUUCACCCCCACUUGUGAAUUUGGAGACAACUGGUGGACAUAGUGUGCGAUUCAAUCCAAAUCUUUACAAUGAUGGCAAGGUUUGUUUAAGCAUUUUAAAUACAUGGCAUGGAAGACCAGAAGAGAAAUGGAAUCCUCAGACAUCAAGCUUUUUACAAGUCUUGGUGUCUGUCCAGUCCCUUAUAUUAGUUGCUGAGCCAUAUUUUAAUGAACCAGGAUAUGAACGCUCUCGAGGCACUCCCAGUGGCACACAGAGUUCCCGUGAAUAUGAUGGAAAUAUAAGACAAGCAACAGUUAAAUGGGCAAUGCUAGAACAAAUCAGAAACCCUUCACCAUGUUUUAAAGAGGUUAUACACAAACAUUUUUAUUUGAAAAGAGUUGAGAUCAUGGCUCAGUGUGAGGAGUGGAUUGCAGAUAUACAACAGUACAGUAGCGACAAACGGGUAGGCAGGACCAUGUCUCACCAUGCAGCAGCUUUGAAGCGCCAUACUGCACAACUUCGAGAAGAGCUCCUUAAACUUCCCUGUCCAGAUGGCCUGGACCCAGAGGCUGAAGACUCCUCAGCAAUGUGCAGUGCUGCAGCAGGCUCCGAGGAGACUUCAUUGCAUGAUCAGGUCAUCCCCAGCAGCAGUAAAGAGCUCCACAGUGACUUCCAGUUAUGAACUGCACUGAUAUGGGCUUUAUAGACACAAAGGCUUUGAAGCACAAGCCAAAUAUGUCAAUAUUUGUAUGUAAGAAGCUAAUAAUUAUGUCAUAGGUAAUGGAACUGAAACUAUACUAUGCCCUUAAGGAUAUACAGUUUAAUUCAAGAUGAUCUUUUAUUUACCUGUACAAGAGUGUAAACUUUUUUGUGCUUUUAUUUUUCAAUUGUGAGAACCACUGAUUGGUAUGUUCAAAAAAUUUGUGUAUACAAGAAAUGGAUAAAUCACUGCUAUAUAAGGGAAACUACCUUAGGAAAGAAUGUUUACUGAAUGUUUAUUUUUUUUUUUUACUUGUAGAGUGAGGGCAGUUGUAACAAAGAAUAUAUAUUGGUCAUUCUUACAGCUACUAUUUAAAGUCAACAACUUUUCACUGAAUUUGAUAGAUUCUAUGUUUGGCCAUACCUUAAUGCACACAAGUUUGAUUUCAGAAGACCUAUAUACUUCAAUAAAAGUUAAAUGGACAUGCUCCCUC